AUGGCGGAACGAGCUCUUGGCCAGCUGCUUGGCCAGCUGCUUGGCCAGCUGAAGCACUCGCCGUCCAUGAAGUACGACGAGGCCAACAAGCUCCUCUCCAAGGCCAAGCUGGCCCUGCUGCGCCUCAACGCGCUCACCCCGACGCCAGGCGCCUCGCCGGAGCUCCUCGCUGCCGCCCGCGAGACGUAUGAGCAGGGCGCGCUCUUCGCCAUCCGCGCCCGUAACCCGGACGCCUUCACGCGCUACGUCCAGCAGCUGCAGCCCUUCUACGAGCUGCCGUCCGCCCGCCUGCCACCCAACCUGCCCGAGCGCAACAAGGUCACCGGCCUCAGCCUCCUCCUGCUUCUCACACAGGGCCGCUACGCUGAGUUCCACUCGGAGCUCGAGAGCCUCGCCAAUCGCGACGGCGGCGGCACCGCUGGCGACGUCGAGGGCGACCGCUAUCUCGGAUACCCCAUCCGCCUCGAGCGCUGGCUCAUGGAGGGCAGCUACGAUCGCGUGUGGAAGGCCAUGAAGAGCAGCGAGGUCCCGUGUGACGAGUACAGCGUCUUCUCAGAGAUUCUAAAAAAUCAGAUCCGUUCCGAAAUUGCCAGCAGCAGCGAGCGCGCAUACCCCAGUCUGCCAAUAAGCUCCACCAAGUCCCUGCUCUUCCUCGACUCGGAAGGCGAGGUCAUCCAGUUCGCCCAGCACCGCGGCUGGCUCGUUCGUGACGGCCACAUCUACUUCCCCGACGAGGCUGCUGAUGCCAGCGAAGAUUCUGCACAAAGCAAGGACACGAGCCAAAUGGUCAUUGAAAACGCCCUGGGUUAUGCCAGAGAGCUAGAGACUAUAGUUUAA